CAUUCGCUGGAAACACUGGGUUCGAUAAAAUAAAUAGCUUUAAUAUCGUACCGGAAUUGGGAGAAACUAAAAUACCUGCUGGACUGCUAGGCAUCCAUACAGCACGGAUCAUUCGUCUUGCCAGUUGCGGAGAUAAUUUAAUGACGAUCCGACCGUCGCAACGCGUUCAGAUCGUCUGCUAACACCAUGGAAGAGUUUGCCGUCACCGAUUGCAACGUUGCGUCUUUGAUGUGGACAUUUUUGGACAGUUUUACUAGUGUAAACUUGUUGCGGUUGGAAGGUGCUACCGGUAUCCAAUCCCUGGGUACUUUACCAUCACUUCCCAGUCUCAAACGGCUAUCCAUCACCGAUUGCAAAGGAUUCAGUUCACUCAAUUUUCCUGGGUCAUCUCUCGGUGGCUUGCAAAACCUCAUCAUGACGGAAAAUGUGGAAUUGACUGAUGGAAAAGCUGAGUCGAUCCUAGCAACGUUAAAAGGGGCUAGCAGCUUAGAAAUAGUGUCCUUAAAAAACAACCCGUUUAUCACCGCCAUUCCAAAUACGUUGGCCAGUUUAGUUGCUUUACACUCGUUGGACGUUUCCUUGUGUGACAUAAAUUCCAUCUCUUCCGGCUCUCUUUCCUUCUCCGCCAAUGUCAAAUCACUAGACCUCACGAAAAAUUCUCUAUCAGACAUCUCUGAUGACUCUUUCGAAAAAGGUUAUUAUGGCAACGCGAAAGUUUCACUCGACGGUAACCAGUUGACAAAAUUCAGUUCGACCGUUUUCCUGAAAAUCCUGACGGAAAUGCAAACUUCCAAAACACCUGGCAGUGUCUCCAUUAGAAACAACCCCGUCAAAUGUGACGAUUGCCAAAUGGCCUGGCUCAUCCGCGACUAUCGAGAGCUGCUGCCAUUCGUCACCGGAAACUGUUCCAACGCAACGGAAUUUCAGGAUCUCAAUCCCAGUUGGUACGAUGAUCAACUCUGCAAAUCCCUGUUGACUACCACUACCAAACAACCAACGACUAGCGUCCAGCUGACCACUACGUCGUCGACUAUUACUAAUCCAACAAGUCUUAGUAGUGAAUCAACAAUGGCCUCCACAGGAUCGCCAACAGUGACAAGGGAUGUCAGCCCAACGACGACUGAGAAUCCCAAUAGUAGCAUAACCACGCUAUCGACUUCAUCCGGUUCCGGCACCACCCAAGCGCCGGAUCCACCCGCCGAAAUUAAUUACGACAUUUACUUCUACAUCCUUUACGGCGUUUUAGGUGGCAUCGCCUUAAUUCUGAUUAUUGGAUUCAUUUCUCUGGAUUACCAGAGAAGGAGGGCAUUAAGGGCAAGGACAAGUUUCGAUAAUUCUUCUUCUUGUGGCUCUUCCUUUUCGGGAUUUAUGGAUCCUGACAUGCACGAUUCUCAUUCCGUGGAGCAAAGAAAUUACGUCCGAAUGCCGGAACCUCGUCCGCCAACAUCCCCUUACAAUUAUUUAGGAAACUAUCAACAGAGUGCAGGACAAUCCUACAGAGGUCCUGCUGUGAUUACCACGCCCUAUCAACAGCGUCAACCCUCUAGAAAUCCUCCAUCCCCGGAUCCGCCAACUGGUCUGUCAACUGGUCGCUUAAAAGGAUUUAAAAAAGUUGAAUUUUCAAAUCUGCCGUAAGGGUUAAAUACCAGGAUCAAAAAGAGCUGUUACCUGUCAUAAGGUAGAAACAAAAACGUGUUCUAUCUCGCCAAGUCGCCAUGUGUAUAGUCGCCAUGUAAUAAAAUUUAUGACUAUCAAUA